GCAACAAGGUCUCGUCUGGAGGUGCUUGACAGGCGACUUUACGAGAUUCACUCCUUGGACUCUUCCGGGGGGGCCGAUGUUGCGGCUUUGGAGUUCGAUCUCCGCCGCGUGGAGGGAAGGGCUCAGGAGAUGUCUACCCGACUGCAGCUUUGCCAAGAGGAGCUGAAAGCUAAGCGCGACCAGCUCGCUGCUGUGGAGGCUUCCUUGGCCACUGUGCAGCCCGAGGCCCAGCGCCUUGCAACAGAAGAGGCUCGCCUCCGCGACGAGCAGCGACGCAUCGAGGCAAGGGUUUCUGAGGCCGUGGCUGGCCACUUCGCACACCUAAGUCGUGCCAUGGGCGUGGAGGAUGUCCGAAAGUUGGAGC